CAUUGAUAAGUGGCACUGACUGGCACUGAUGGGUGACAUUGAAAGGCAGCUCAGAUGGGCACUGAUAUGUGGCAUUGAUGUGCACUGGUAGGCACUGAUAUGUGGCAUUGAUGUGGCACUGGCAGGUGGCAUGGAUGAGCACUGACAGCUGGCACUGAUGGACACUGACAGGUGGCACUUCUGGGGCCACACUUAUCAUCAGGGCACACUGAUCAUCAGUGCUCUGAUGAUCACUGUCAGCGUGACAGCUCGAGAGGAGAGAAAUGCCGAUAACCGGCAUUUCCGUGUUUACAUGUGAUCAGCUGUGAUUGG